AUGUCUUCUUUAGCAGUGUUUGAUUUUGAUCGCACAAUAGUUAAUGAUGAUUCUGAUGCAACUAUAAUAAAUAGAUUACGUGAGAAGAAGCCUCCGCCAGAAUGGGAAGCUGGAAACCACGACUGGACUCCUUAUAUGAGCGAUGUAUUCGAGCACGCGUACUCAGCUGGUCUCCAUCCAUCAGAUAUCCUGGACAGCAUCGCCUCCAUGCGCCCAAACCCUGGCAUCCUCGAGCUCAUCACCACUUUAGCCAAGGAGGGUUGGGAUGUUCUCAUACUAACAGAUGCUAACACCGUAUUUGUGAACCACUGGCUGAAAGUUCAUGGCUUACAGGAAGCCAUUACAGCAGUGAUAACGAAUCGAGCUUUCUGGAAACAGGACAGGCUCUACAUAGAGCCGUGUAUGAAUCAAACGACGUGUACACGUUGUCCAUCCAACCUGUGCAAGUCCAUAGCGCUAACCCAAUGGACCAAAUCCCGCGGGUAUUCCCGGGUGGUGUACAGUGGGGAUGGGAGGAACGAUUACUGUCCAGCCACCAGUUUACCACCAGACUCGAUAGUUUUUCCAAGGCAAGGCUAUCCCAUGGACAACCUGAUAAAGAAGACGCUCUCAUCUCCAAACCCUCAAGUCACAGCCAAAGUGGUGCCUUGGAGCGAUGCUUUCACGAUAUUAGAGGAACUGUUUCCGGGGAAGUCCAAAUUGUUUAUUAAAAGU